AUGCUUUGCGAUCUUUGUCAGGCAAGCGAUGUUCGGGUGCAGUCGGGAUGUGAAGUGGAUGAGGGGGCGCCUUGCAACCCAUGCCUCAAAAUUGUCGAUCUCGACGCCCAGAUAUCGAAUGUCCGAGCCGUCCUUAAGCGCCUCACAGAUGCCCGACGUAUUUUUCAAACAGAGCGGAACUACAUCCAUGAUCCUAUCGCCCGCAAUUUUCCUCCAGAAAUUAUCUCUCGCAUCUUUUCCCUGUACAGUCACCCUCAUGGCGAUGACACAUCUCCUGAUAAGGAAGAUCUCCAUCCUCUCAUCCUCGGAGCCGUCUGCAAGACCUGGAGGGGGAUCGCAUGGAACACCACCGAACUCUGGACACGGCUAUCGAUUUCGGUUGAUCCUUACAUAAAGAAAAAUAUAGUGCGGGAGCGCCAGAUGACGUUCGAAUGGCUCGCCCGCGCCGGCAAUCUUCCCCUGUCGCUCUAUAUGGACAGGGUUCGCUGGGACAUCAGCAACCUACCUUCAAGUUCACUCAGGCAAGUGACGAUAGCUUGGGCGACAUUCAUUCGGGAUCUUCUGAACGAGUUCGGUACCUGCUGCCGUGUCCUUGAUGUCCAACUCCCUGUCAAAAUCUUCUUUACAGUGAUGCCGACCGCGAGAUUUGGCGCUAUAUUGAAGCGUCUCGUCAUUCACUUGCGGCCUUGUGAUGAUCCUCACGAGGUAUUCAGCCCGUCCGCCGACCCUCCAAGACCAGAGAAUGUUUCUCUCAAAUACCUGCCUCCACAUGUUGUGAAUAUAUCGUGGAGCAACGUCACCGAGCUCACAUUGGAUGGCUGUCUAGAAAGCGCCUGCUUGGACAUCUUCAAUUACACCCCGUCACUGCUUUCCUGCCAGUUUGGAAAGUACGUGCUACUAUCCGACCAGCCCCCUUCCCCGCAAUUCAUCACCCAUUCGCGACUUCGCCGUCUCGUCAUCAGGCAUGCUACGGAUCAGAUACUCAAACGCUGUAUUUUCCCUGAGCUCAAAUACUUAUCCAUGAACUAUGCGGCGGUCGCCACUAUCCAAGAUUUCGUUUCGCGCUCCUACUGCAACUUGAAAACCCUAGAAAUCACCCCACAAUUUCGCGCAGAGACAGAAAAUUCUCUUUUCCAGCUGCUACAGAACCCCUCCCUCCAGUCGCUCCAGUCGCUGAGCAUCACUCCUUCUGGUAGCCCUGCGAGCCAUGAAUGCAUUUUCAACGCCCUUUCGGAGAGCCCCGCAUUCCUUCCUGAGCUCAGAAGCCUGACAUAUAGUGCACGCUCUUGCCUGCAGUUUUCAUGGGUGGUAGCACUCGUGUUGUCGACAGAGUUUAGACCCCUUUCAACUAUAAAGUUAUCAUGUCCGGACAACUUUAUAGAGGGUGAUGCCCUACUACGCCACCUUUUCGAAAUUUGUCUACGCCACCCCGGAAUAACUCUGGAUUUCCUUGAUACCUCUCCUGAUUUCUGGCAGAUACAGGCGAUGCGUCUAGGCCUCGAGUACCCUGGCAUCGAUAAAUAA